AAAUCUUUCCCCAUAUCCUCCGCCGUUGUCUCCAAAUCCUCCGCCGCUGCUCCUCCGCUCUCCAUCUCCCUUUCCCAAAUCGUCCGUCGGUCUCUCUUCCCCAAAUAUCCCAAUAAGUCUCCCUUCCCCAAAUCGUCCGCCAUCCCCAAUCUACCGCCGUCGCUCCUCCUUCCCCCUAAAUCGCCCAAAUCAUCUUCUCGUAAAAAAUCGUCCCCAGAAGCUGUGACUCCUUCUCGCCGGUCGUCGAACCGUCGGGCGGGCACACGGUUGUUCACCGUCAAGGGCGAAUUCGUCUCCCUCCCAAAAUCUCAGUUCAAUCUCCAAUCAAGGUACAAACCGACAACUGAAUACCUUCACCAGAGGCCAGCAAUGGAGUAUUUGCUCCCAACGCUGAGAGAAAAGACAGAGGUCGACAAUCUCAUCAGAGACACCUUGGACAAAGUCCUCGUUCUUCGCUUUGGCCGCUCCUCUGACGCCGUCUGCCUCCAGCUCGACGACAUUCUGUACAAAUCGGCGAGGGACGUCUCCAGAUUCGCGACAGUGGCGCUGGUGGAUGUCGACUCGGAGGAGAUUCAAGUUUACGUCAAGUAUUUCGACAUCUCGUUCAUCCCCUCCACCAUUUUCUUCUUCAAUGCUCACCACAUGAAGAUGGACUCAGGGACUCAUUUGGUAUCCAAGACUAAGAUUGAGCCAAGCAGAACUGGAUCUUUAUUCCCCACUUCUUGCAGAAGUGCAGACCACACUAAGUGGGUCGGUAUAUUUCAGACGAAACAGGACUUCAUUGAUGUUGUAGAGGCAAUAUACAGAGGAGCCAUGAAAGGCAAGCUGAUUGUAAGUUGUCCACUGCCCCCAGAGCGUAUACCGAAGUUUCAGUUGCUGUAUAAAGAUGUCUAAGAGGUAUAGUUUUAAUGUUUUUAGGAGUUCAUAUAGGGUUUCUAUAUUUCUGUUUGUAAUUAUUUAAAGAUGACCCCAUUUGUUAUUUGAGCUUCUGUUCUGUGCUGUAAAUGAGAAAAGCUAAUGCAUGUUUUAAGAUUCUUGCUUUCUGUGUGUGAAUUGUAUGGCGGGUUGUUCUGUUUACGAUUUAAUACAGAAGGCCAAUGCAAUACAUAGAUGACCACGAAAUAGACAAUAGGACUCCAUUAACCGAGCUCUAUCUAGAUACAAUUUCAUGGAAAUACAGCUAUAUAUCUGAGUUUUUCUAUUCAUUAGCUAUAUAUGUAUUUACUCAAUUGAAUGUG